ACAUUUUCUAUUGUUGACGGGUACACCAUCGUACCGACCGGUUUCCACUCGAAUAGGAGCCACGCCACAUCAUGAUCACGAACAUGUGGAUGAGGCACUCCCCUAAACGAUGAAGCGUGUCGAGAUGACCUUAGACUCGCUGACAGGGGGGGUAUUUCCACGGACUUGUAUAAUACUUGGUUAUAUAGGUCCGUGGUAUUUCCUAGGCAACUUACGACGCAACACCCUGAUAUAUUGUCUCUAUCCCACAAGACAUAUGUCACAGACAUAGACUUACGGCAAUAUAACCACGCAAUGUAUAUGCUACGAUGUAAAGUGCAAAUAGUGUAGAGAAAUAACAGAAGCUUGUCUCAGACCUCGGAUUUACACGCUUAAGAUUCACAGGGACACAUUCAAAACAGAGCUUGCCGGGAACAUGGAGCUCAACCUGGGCCCACUGAUCCGUGAAACUGCUCGGCACGAGAAAUCUGUGUACUUCCCCAAUGUAUUAACACGCAACAUUCCGAAGGCAAUGGUCGGACAGUAGAGGGCAGGUACAUGUUUGGUUAACAUCUUUGGAAUAAAAGUUUAACAGACAACAUGGCACAAAGAGUCAUGAAUGAACAGGAGAAACGGGCACUUCAACAUCUCACUUGUGAUUUUGUCGAAACACUCGAUCCAAAAUAUCAUGUAAUUGACUUUCUUUAUUCAAAAGAACAGUUGACUCAUCUUGAAUAUGAGGAGUUGUUGGGGAUAACUAACCGAGCAACACAAUGCCGGGACCUCCUCGGCAUCGUCAGAAGGAAGUGUUCAAUGGACGUGUUCCUAAGUUCGCUGUGUCUCAACAAUGGCUAUACAUUCCUUGCAGACAAAAUAAAGGAAGUGCUACGUCAACUGGAGUUGGAGCAGGUAACAAAUGGAAGAUGUACUAGACCUCGGAAAAGGAGAAGAACUUCUCAACGUGAUGUUGAUGAAGAUGAGUAUGAGGUUAAGGAGGAAGAUGGCACGUCAUCCAACAAGAACAUCUGUCCAAUGUGCAAAUGUCCUGCUAGAAUUAACACCAUGACAAAAAAGAAGAGGAUUCUUACAAAAAUGCAACAACAUUUAAAGUUUCUUUGUAUGGAGGGAAACUCAACAAAGCACGAAACUUUCCUUGGACAACUAGCCUCAAAAUGGAAGAAUGAUGCAGAUGUCCAGUUCGUCAUCCUGGACGCCCGGGCACGAAACAUGAGGGUGUCCAGCCCAGACGUGUCGGGGGACACUGACUACUUUAAAGAAAUGGCGUCCCUUAUUCCAUUCACAUCAGACCCUACGUCCUCCAGCAUGAUUUUCCUGGCUCGUAAAGCAUCAGUGUUUGAUGUGAAAGGGCGAGCUAAAGAUGGCCUGACAGUUUUAGGAUACGCCAAAACUCACGCUGAUCGUGUUGUCCCAUGCAGGGAUACCGGUCUUGUCAUAUACAUGGAAAUCAACCUCCUGUUGAAAGAGUAUGAGCUUGAGCCGACCGAGGACAUGAAAAAUCAGAUAAUAGAAAGAAUAAAGGAAGCAAUCGAAGUUCACUUCAGUCAAGAAGAAGAUGACGUGAAAGAAGAUUGUUCCAGAAUGCUGUAUGUGAAGAUGGCUUGUUUUUAUCUAGGAAUUGGGCUUAUGGGAAACAAAAUUGCGGGUUUCCGGACUACAGUGCGCGACCGCAAGGCCGCCGAGUGUGUCCUAGAUCGUGUUGAAGCUACAUGGCAGAACAUGGAUGCCAGAAGGAAAAUGUUCUUCUAUUUAGCCAAAGCUGUCUUGAGCCAAGAGACGGGGCAGAUGGAAAGAGCACUACAUUUUGGAGAAAUCGCAAAACAGAUGGGCGAGAUUGGACAGUUUAAACGCGAACUACAAAAUAUUGAUCCUUUGACCCGAGACCUCGCUAUUGAAAACGAUCGGAUGAUUUCCAUGAAAGGCGAGGAUAUUAUUCAGGAGUUCCACAAGCUGAGCAAUGACGGGGAAACUGUCAGAGACAUCCCACAGCCCUGAGUAUUUAUGUCAUGUGGAUAUUGGUCUUUCUCAGAAUUCUCUGUGUCUUCCAAAAGUGAGAUUAUAAAACAUUGUUUGUUAAAUGUGACAUCAUGUGGCAGAUUUACAUAUAUAUGGUUUUCUAAUCAGUGUGACCAGUUUUGAUCCAGUGUGCAAAUGCUUGUUAUAUGGAGUACCAUUUCACGGUGUAAUCCAGCUCUGUCACUGCAACUGUGAUGCUACUAUUUAUUUAAUUUGUGAAGUAAGGAGUUGCUUACUGUACGGGUCAUCAAAUUACGAAUUGUUUGCAGACCCAGGCUGGGAUAAUGAACUGGCCAUGACUUUGAGAUUCCGACUGUUGGUUAGGUGGAUGAUCUUGACAGAAAUAUCUCUUUUAUUUUGAAUGACAUCUUCUAGAUUGAAGUUGGUGGUUUUUUUAAACAUUUUUUUUCUUAUAUUUCCACAUAAUCCGCUAUUCUUGUUAUUUAGCUUUUGUCUCAUCAAAGUGAGUGAGUAUGGGUUCACGCCGCUUUAAGCAAUGGUCCAGAAAUAUUACGGCGGGGGACACCAGAAAUGGGCUUUACACAUUGUACCCGAUCGAACCAGGGUCUUCGGCGUGAAGUGCGAACGUUUUAAUCACUCGGAUACCCGACCGCCCCGUCUCUACCUUCUUUAACAUGAACACCGAAUAAUAAUCUUUAAAAUAGAAAUGAAAGCCCAAGUAUAAGUAACGUUUACUACUGCUUAAUUACUUAAUUCAGCUGAUGUUUUAGUACCUUAUGUUAUAAUUAUUUUUAACUUAAUGUUUGAAAAAGCUUAUUUCAAAAAUUCAAAAAUUCCAAGUUCUGGAGUGAAUGCUUUGAUAAAAGUGUUGAAUCCCAGGUCGGUUUCCGUCGUUGCUAUUCAACAACUGAAAAUAUGUGUAUCAGCCAUACAACGAUAUCUAGGACAGAAGCGAGGCAAAUUAUAUGCCGUAUUUGUCGAUUCAGCCAAGGCUCGGUGAAUAGAGUUAACCCUGGACAGUUUUGUAUGAUAAUGGUGUUUUACCGAAAAUGUACCACUGCAUUAAAGCUCUUAUGAUGGUGUUAACUCUUGUGUAAGAUUUGAUGACCAUCGCACGGAGACCUUUGAAUGUCACGUCGGUUUCCGUCAAGGGUGUGUUUUGAGCCUUUUUUUGUUUUGAGUUUUUAUUGAUGAGUCGGCUAACGAAAUAGAAAAAUCCUGUGAACCAGGAAUACGACUACAUCCAGAUAUUAAUCAACUAUUUCUUCAGUUGUUCGCCGAAUGAUGUGAUUCUUAUUUCUGACACCGUUUUCGGACUUUAGAAACGAAUAAAUGUCUUAGCUAAGUAUUGUAAUAAUCACAGUUUAACUGUAAAUUUGGAUAAGACCAAGGGUGUGGGGGUAUCAUUUCUAGGUUUGAUAAGUGAUAAACAGUUAGCGUGUGUAUAUCUUCUUAUAAGUAUUUGAGUCAGUUAUUUUUCCAAGUAGGGGCGGUCGGAUAGCCUAGUGGUUAAAGCGUUCGCUCGUCACGCCGAAGACCCGGGUUCGAUUCCCGACAUGGGUACAAUGUGUGAAGCCCAUUUCUGGUGUCCCCCGCCGUGAUAUUGCUGGAAUAUUGCUACAAGCGGCGUGAAACCAUACUCACUCACUCACUAUUUUUCCAAGUAAGAUUAAAGUUGGAAUAAUCAUAUCACUAAUUCCGCUACACAGACCAAGGCUGUGUUAUACACUGUAAACCUCUUGCCAACUUCUAACCUAUUCCAUAUAGUUUGUUCUUCAGAACAGUUGACACCUAAGUUUUGCCUGUUCUUUUAUACAGGUUUGAAAUCUGGGGUAUCGACAACUUUAGGAAAUUGAAUGUGUACACUUGUCAGCUUUCGAGCGUUUCCUGGCGGUUACAGCGGCUACACCAAACCAUAUUGUGCGGGGAGAAUGUGGGAGAUAUCCCCUACAUACAUGGGCUCUUAAACGAUGUGGUAUUUACUGGUGUAAAUUAUUAAAACUCCCCAAUGUAGAUAUCCUAGAAAAUGUUAUAGUAUGCUGUAUCAAGCUUUGACAAAUGACAAGCGUAACUGGGCUUCAAAGAUAAAGUUUAUAUUGUAGAAGCAUGGUUUUGGAUACGUAUAGGAAAAACAAGAAGUUUGCUUUCCAGACUCGUUUUUAUCUGAAUUCACAAUUGUUCAUAUGUACAAGAUCGGCAUUCUUCACUCACAAAUAGCUCUAAAAUGUCCACUUAUUCACUGUUCAAAACUGAUUUUGUUGUAGAGCCAUAUAUUGAUUGCUCCAGAGAGCAAGGAUUAUGACUCGUUUGUAAACAGGGUUACAUUGUCAGAUGCAUGAUAAUUUUCCUAAACAGUAUAUACCAUCAAAAUAUUUUGUCCAUCCUACCCUUCACAAAUUCAGUAUACACUUGUGAAUGUACUACAAGAAAUGUCGCUGUAUUUAUAUACCAUGCGGUGCGCUUGAGAAUGGACUAGUUAUAGUAAUCAUGAAAGACAGGGAUCUGUAUUCAGACCUUAAAGUCUGUGCAAGCUUUUUGUAUUACUUAUAUUGUAUGUAAACCAAGAUUGGAGGACCCGUUACGUCAUAGGCCGGGAGUUUAAAGGGGGAAAGAGGCAUAUUGUAACUUGAUGGUGUCCUCUCUUCUCCCAGGCACUGGAUGCACACAGCAUCAGGAGAUUGGUUGUUGGCUAUGGGGACUUUGAUGGUGUCCUCUCUUCUCCCAGGCACUGGAUGAACACAGUAUCAGGAGAUUGAUUGUUGGCCAUGGGGACUUUGAUGGUGUCCUCUCUUCUCCCAAGCACUGGAUGCACACAGCAUCAGGAGAUUGGUUGUUGGCUAUGGGGACUUUGAUGGUGUCCUCUCUUCUCCCAGGCACUGGAUGCACACAGCAUCAGGAGAUUGGUUGUUGGCUAUGGGGACUUUGAUGGUGUCCUCUCUUCUCCCAGGCACUGGAUGCACACAGCAUCGGGACAUUGGUUGUUGGCUAUGGGGACUUUGAUGGUGUCCUCUCUUCUCCCAGGCACUGGAUGAACACAGCAUCAGGAGAUUUGUUGUUGGCUAUGGGGACUUUGAUGGUGUCCUCUCUUCUCCUAGGCACUGGAUGCACACAGCAUCUGGAGAUUGGUUGUUGGCUAUGGGGACUUUGAUGGUGUCCUCUCUUCUCCCAGGCACUGGAUGCACACAGCAUCGGGACAUUGGUUAGUCGAUCUCACUGGUUGGCAGAGCGAAAUAUUUUGCAACGUAAAACACCACACGAGUACGGGUCAUCGCCCACAAUGUCCUGAAUGAAGAUUAAUAAUGGAUUUUACAUUUGUAUCAGCGAGAGGUUCCGAGCUUUCAGACGCCGCCAUGUAUCCCGGGAUAAAUAGUUGGGAUGUCUGUUCAAACACAGAAGUCCACCAUUGAGUCCACAGCACUUUAUUCGUCAUCUUAUGAGUAGCUGCAUAGAAGCACAACAAUAGCAAGGCGGCAACUUGGAGCCGAUAGUCAGCCAACCUGCCCAGCCCUGUAAGGUCGGACAAGUGCAGGCCAACUGAUAGAAAGCUGCGAUAUUUCCCUGUUGUUACAUAAGAGACGCCCUAUCCACAAGAGUCGCUUGAUACAUCACAUAGCUUCAGGAAGAUAAAGUAUAUCGUUCUGUUUAAAUAUUAGAAGGUGUAUGUAAAAGUCAAAGUCAAAAUUAGUUUAUUUGUGUGUAGGCCUUUGGCCCAUAUGCAAGAAAUGCAGCGCCAGCAAUACAAAGUGAAUUUUUUUUUUAUGAAUAUAUACAUAAUAUUGCAGACGUUUUAAUAACUCAUCCUGAGUUGUACACAAUAAACUUUUGAAUUUAUAUAUAGUUGGAAAUUGCCAAUACAGUUAUGGCAAAUACACUUUACGCAGUUCAGUAUAAUGUUUACAAAUCAAUACGAAAUGAUAUUCAUCUUCAACAGACAAAUUGCAAACAGGACACAUACGUGAACAUGAUUCAAUAGAUUGCCAUCUUCCCUCGUUCUGUCGUAAAGGUAAAACAUUACAUCUUAAUUCAAUAAAAAACACUGCGUACAUUGUAAAUACUCAAAUAUCUUUCAGGUUCAAACAGUGUUUUAUAUUCUUUAUACAUCACAUAUCAGGUACUACUGAUGAGUGUUGACAUCCAGUUUUGACGAAAUACAAGACACGUUUUAAGCACCCCAAUGAAAGCUGCAUUGUCCCCAACAGACUUGUUUAACUAUACAAAUCCCAAACCAUGCGAAAAUAAAAUGUUACGAACAGAUGCUACCCAAGUAUUAUGACCAAUGUUGUCGAAAUACAUCAGCAUGUUAUAUACUUUUCUUGGGAUACUCCCUUCAUGCAUUCUGGUUAAUUGUAACCAAGACUUUAUCAUGCGGACCUGUGCAUUGACAUAAAGCGGGUAGCGACAACAUUCACCAUAGACAAUGGCAUUGGGCGUUUCUUUUCCCACCUUUAAAAAACUUUUACAUUCCAAAAGAUGAACCCGUUCUAAGUGAUCAUACCGCUGGUAACCCCAUACUUCUAUAAAAUAUAUAUGGACAAUAUUUAAGAUAGAUACACUCAAAAGUAUCCGCGUCUAAACAGCGGGAAUGCGUAGUAUAAUGUACAAGCUGGUUUCACAAAUCACUGGCGGCCCCAGAUGAGGGUGUAGGGGUGCAUUUUUUAUGUUAACUGCGCCCUCGGCCAAGUCACUUCGUAUUAUAUGGUAUGAUAUAUGUGCAACACACACCCCCUCCCCACCACCCAUUUUGUUAGAAAUUCUGGAUCCGCCCCUGAAAUGGUUUGAAUAUAUUAAAUUUACGUUCAGGCUGUGUGCACGUCACUUUGUUAUGAAUACCUGCAUUCAGUGCCUGGCAGUACAGCUUGUUAUAACUGCCUCGACGCUGUUCUGCCUUUCAUGACUCUACACCUGUACAUUUAUCCCUGAUUGAAUCAAGUUGGCUUGCUGUGUGACACAACGUAUCCGGGUUUGGCCAAUGUUAAAUUCAUCUGGUACGAAACACGUCAGCAUUACUCGUGAUAUACCCUGUAUGUACGAUCACACAACCAGUGUCCGAUCGAAGCAACGCCGUCACUUCCAUUCGGAAAGCCUGGUGUUCAUGUAGAUGGUAACUCCACUUGUCAUAAUAAGCACAAUUGGGAUACGAGUCAAGAGAUGAAAGCAUUCCAUUCGGUUGAUAUGCACAGCGUGGAAAUGGGCCGACUAAAACUGCGAACGAUGGUGUCGAAGUAUGAAAUGUCAAAGUCAAGAUCAGAACAGAGAGCCAACUUGGAUGACAUGUCAUUGAUGCCUGUGGAAAUAAUGAACUUUGACAUGAUGUCAUGUGACAGGAACCAACAGGGCUGCUCCAACAUGCAGCAAGACUUCUGUGUCAUCAUUGCAUUUUGUAUCUUCAUGGUGAUCGGUUUGUAUCAGCUAUAUAUUUCUGCAAACAGUGUCUGAUACUUUGUGAACAGAGGCUGGCCCUAUGUGAACAGAUGUUAGUACCAGUCGAACAGAGGCUAGUGCUAGUUGAACAGAGGAUGAUACUAGUUGAACAGAGGCUAGUGCUAGUGAAAUGCCAGACAUUGUUUAAUUAAAAGCAUAAUGUGGUGUUACAAAUGUCAAGUUACUGAAGCAUGCUGUAAAUAAAGGUAGAAAUAUG